AUGGAGACAUCAACGCGCCGUAGCUCCGCGCCCCAGCUCCUCGCCUCCCUACUGCCGGACCGCGCCCGUGGACCCCUUCCCCCUGCUCGCCGCAGCUCCGGCACGGCUCUGCCCGCGCCACCGCGCCGCGUCCGGCUGACCCCGCUCAAGCACGCACGCUCUCGCCCGCGCGCUGCAGCCGCCCUCCCUCCAGCCAACGCCCGCCGCUGCUCUGAUGCGGCCACAGGCCUCGCCUCUCACACGACGGUCGCUGCCGUCCGCAACUGCCUCUCUCCCCCCUGCUGCUCGCUCGCCUGCGUCGUCGCAUGCUGCGCGAGUCGGCUCGCGCCCGCGCCUCUGCUCCUCGCGCCAUCGUGCGCGCACGCCCCCGCUAGGAUUCACUUGUGCCCACUCGAGGCCCUGCUGCCUCCGCCGACGGACCACGCCGUCGUCGCUCCGCCGUGCUCGCCCACUGCGCUGCCCGACCACUUCGGUGCUCUCCUUCCCCUACACGCCCGUGCUGCGCCCCACUUCGUCCAGCCAGCCUCGUCGCCUUCGGCCGGACCGGCCCUCGCCGCGCCCCGGCAGCCGCGCUGCCGGACCUGCCCGAGGCCAGCGCCCGGGCUCGCCUCAUCGGGUGCUCGUGGCCGAGCCCCUGCGCCCGCGAACCCGGUGCCUGCUAAGCCCCCCUGCCUAUGA